AGGAAGGAAGAACUCCCAUGUUUGUAGUCCAGACUCUCUUGGUGUUUUGACAGAGGUGCUAGCGAUUAGCACACGGAUUUUUACAUGGUCGUGAUUUGGAGGGGAUUCAUUAAAUGUAUUCGAGCUAUUAAAUUCCUUUAAAAUCUGAAACAUAAAAUUUGAGGAAGAUGCAGGAUGACGCGCGGUACCUCAAACGCAAAGUGACUGCAGGCAGUUUGGAUGUCCAUCCGACAGAGAAGGCUCUCGUGGUCCACUAUGAGGUGGAAGCGUCCAUACUGGGAGAGGGUGGAGGUCAUAUGCUGGGCGAACGCAAGGAGGGACAAAAAAUUAUCCGUGUGAAAAGUCUUUCUUCCAGUACAGAUGUAGGAGCUUUGGCCAAGAAAGUGGUGGAGGAAUGUAAACUCAUCCCUCCAUCCCGUUUGCCUCAGGUGGAGCAGCUCCUCUACUACUUGCAGAACAGGAAAUCAUCCCCGGUGGAGGGCAAAAUGGAGAAGAAAGAGAAAAGAUCUGUGAAACCCAGAGAGCUGACACCGUUUGAAGGAAUGGAGUUAAAUGAGGAAGCCAGUAUAACCAAAGUGGAGGAGUAUGUUGAACUGCUCUAUGAAGGCAUCCCAGAAAAGAUCAGAGGCUCGGCUCUCAUUCUGCAGCUCGCCCGCAACCCUGAUAACCUGGAGGAGCUGCUACACAAUGAAGCAGCUCUGGGUGCUCUGGCCAGAGUACUGAGGGAGGACUGGAAACAGAGUGUAGAGCUGGCCACCAUCAUUGUUUACAUCUUCUUCUGCUUCUCCAGUUUCUCCCAGUUUCACGGCCUGGUGACUCAUUAUAAAAUUGGCGCGUUGUGUAUGACCGUGGUGGAACAUGAGCUGAAGAGACAUGAUGCGUGGCGUGAGGAGCUGCGCAAGAAAAACAAGGCUUGCGAGUCAGCUCCAGAGAAUGGCUCUCUAAGGAGAGACCAAGACAAAGCUAUGAGGAAAUACCAAGGCCUUCUGGGUAAACAAGAACAGCUGCUCAGAGUGUCUCUUUACCUGCUGUUGAACCUUGCCGAGGACACCAGGACGGAGCUGAAGAUGAGGAAUAAAAACAUUGUUGGCCUGUUGGUCAAAGUUCUUGAACGGGACGACGAGGAGCUGCUGGUCCUGGUGGUUUCAUUCCUCAAAAAGCUGUCCAUCUUCCUGGAGAACAAGAAUGACAUGGCUGAGGUGGAUACUGUGGAACGAUUGGCUCGUUUGGUUCCCUGUGACCAUGAAGACCUGUUGAACUUGACUCUGCGUCUGCUGCUCAACCUCUCUUUUGACUCUGGACUCAGAGCCAAGAUGGUGGAAGUUGGACUGUUACCUAAACUGACUGCCUUGUUGGCAGGUGAUGAGAACAACCGUCAGGUUGUCAUGCGUAUACUGUAUCACAUCAGCAUCGACGACCGUUUCAAGGGCAUGUUUGUUUACACUGACUGCAUACCUCAGCUCAUGCAAAUGCUGUACGAGCACAGUGAGGAGGAAACUGAAGCUGAGCUCAUCUCCAUCUGCAUCAACCUGGCUGCAAACAAGAGGAAUGCACAUCUCAUGUGUGAAGGAAAUGGGUUGAAGAUGCUCAUGAAGAGAGCGCUGAAGAUGAAAGACUGCCUUCUGAUGAAGAUGAUCAGAAACAUCUCACAACAUGACGGAGCAACCAAACCGCUGUUCAUAGACUACGUUGGUGACCUGGCAGCAGAGAUCCGUGCAGAGGAAGAGGAGGAGUGGGUUCUGGAGUGUCUGGGGACGCUGGCCAACCUCACCAUCCCUGACGUGGACUGGGAGUUGGUGCUGAAGGAGUACAACCUGGUACCCUACCUCAAAGACAGGCUUAAACCAGGCUCAGCAGAGGAUGACCUCAUCCUGGAGGUGGUGAUAAUGAUCGGAACAGUUUCCAUGGAUGACGCCUGUGCCGCCAUGUUGGCUAAAUCUGGCAUUAUUCCUGCCCUGAUCGAGCUACUAAAUGCCCAACAGGAGGAUGAUGAGUUUGUGUGUCAGAUUGUCUACGUCUUCUAUCAGAUGGUGUUUCACCAAGCUACACGAGACGUCAUCAUCAAAGACACCCAGGCUCCUGCCUACCUGAUAGAUCUGAUGCAUGACAAGAAUGCCGAGAUCAGAAAAGUGUGUGACAACACCCUCGAUAUUAUUGCCGAGUACGAUGAGGAAUGGGGGAGGAAGAUUCAGUCGGAGAAGUUCCGCUUUCAUAACAACCAGUGGUUGGAGAUGGUCGAGAGUCGCCAAGCCGAUGAGUCUGAACCGUAUCUCUAUGAUAACGACGACAGGACUGAUCUGUUCUAUAGUGCAGAUGGAAUAACUCCUGCAGACGGUUCAGUCAGCCCGGAUUUCUUCAGCCUACAAACUCAAAAUGGAGACAUGCACCACACUGGAGAUGGCAACGAUGUCUUCGACCAGACCAGCUCAUCACCUGGGCGACCAGCUACUGCCUACGGCUUCAGACCUGAUGAACAACCCUUCUAUCAGUACUCAUAGACAAAUACACACGAUCCAUUCCCCGUCUACAUCCUGCAGGUCCACUGUAAUAUCCUUAGAUUGAAUUUUCACUUCUAGAAUCUCUCAUGACUGAAGGCAUCACAAGACAUUGAUCAUAAAGGCUGAAAUGCAUAAUACUGACACACAGAUUUCAAACUAGUUAUUAAAUAAACUGCACUUCCAUGCAGUCAGCUUUCAUUAACCAUUUCAUUCAGUCGCUAUUAUGUUAAACAGAUAAGUAGCUAAGUCUUCCUUACCCACUGGCUACAGUCUUCUUAUGGUGAGGUCCCAGUGGGUCAGCAAACAUUUUAAGAACAGGCUUACGUUUGUAAGAUUUUGCAUGUUUUCCCUUUCUAAUAAUGAAUAUAAUUCACUGAAAACAUUUAAUCAUUUAAAUGUGUUUUAGAUUCACCAGUUUGACUAAUUUAACACUAUGUAUACACGCUCAUUUUAUUGACAUGCACUACAAUGUACAUAAGUUUUUUUCAUCUGUGUCACUGUAAAAUAGGCACAUUGUUGACGGCGGUCCUUAAAACUUAGGGUACUUUCACACUGGCAGGAAGCAGACCAAAGACCUGUCUACCUGUAAAGUGGUCUGUACCGGAGAUGUUUGUUUUUUUAAUUCUUUUUUAUUCAACAUAUUUAUUUAUUGUCAAAAUUUAGUGCUGACAUUUCCCACAAUGCAACUAGGUGUGUUAUGCUAGUAGCUGCUAACGUAGCCUCAAGCAGAGAUGAGGUCUGGUAAUCUCAUUUCUUUCUAAGGCUACAUCCACACUACUACGUUUUUGUUUUAAAACCAAGCGAGAAGCUUCUGGUCUGAGACGUGAAUCCAAUGCGUAGGUCCCUUAAACCUGGAUUCUAUCGAACCCCCAGCAGGCGGCGACUCUUCUGGUUUCAAAAAGAAGUCCGGCUCCAUUAGAAAUAAUGUUAAAAUGACCCGACUUCUCUGCUGAUUUAUUCCCUCAGUAAACACUUUCCUGAUGAGUUUAUGGUCUCAGUCGCUAG